AUGCCUGAACAAAACGGACAUGCUUCACAACCUGAGCGUCGCAAGCGCAUCGUAGUCGCCAUGACAGGCGCAACCGGCGCCAUCCUCGGAAUCAAAGUUCUUAUCGCUCUACGCCGCCUGAAUAUUGAAACACACCUAGUGAUGAGCAAGUGGGCCGAGGCCACAAUUAAAUACGAAACGGAUUACCACCCUUCAAACGUCAGGGCGCUUGCAGAUUACGUUCACAAUAUGAGCGACAUGGCCGCCCCGAUCUCGAGCGGCUCCUUCAAAGCUGACGGAAUGAUUGUCGUCCCUUGCAGUAUGAAAACACUGGCUGCUAUUAAUAGCGGAUAUUGCGAUGAUUUGAUCGCGCGCACGGCAGAUGUCAUGCUUAAAGAGCGUCGUAAGCUGGUUCUUGUGGCGAGAGAAACUCCCCUCAGUGAGAUUCAUCUUCGCAAUAUGUUGGAGGUUACUCGUGCUGGGGCUAUUAUCUUCCCUCCUGUACCUGCUUAUUAUAUUCGGGCUGGCUCGGUGAAUGAAUUAGUCGAUCAAAGUGUUGGACGCAUGCUUGACUUGUUUGAUCUGGAUACGGCAGAUUUCGCACGAUGGGAAGGAUGGGGUGAUGGGAAAUAG